AUGGUGUCCCAAGUACAAAGUGUUAAAUGCACAACAAAUAAUCCUGUUCAUGUUCCACACGAGUGGUAUGAGCCAGGUAACCUGGUCAUUGGUGCGAUAGCAUCUCAUAUCAGUUAUGUUGUCCCCGAAUUAUUCUUCAAUAGACACCCUUCCCAAGCCUUCAUUAAUACCCCAAUAGUGAUGUCAAAGUUCUACCAGCACAUCCUUGCUUUGGUGUUUGCUGUUGAUGAGAUCAACGAGAAUCCUAGGAUGUUGCCCAAUGUCUCUCUCGGGUUCCACAUCUACGAUGACUAUUUUGAUUCAAAGAUGGCCUACCGAACCACCCUGGACCUGAUCUUUAAAGCACAUCACUUUCUUCCCAACUACAGGUGUGGCGUCCAGAAAAAUGUAAUAGGAGUCAUUGGGGGACUUAGCUCUGAUACCUCCUGGAGCAUGGCAAACGUCUUAGAUCUUUUCAAGAUUCCACAGAUUUCAUACGGUUCAUUUGAACGAGCCAUAAAUGAUGGAACCAAGUUCCCUUCCUUUUACCGCAUGGUCCCCAAUGAAGACCAUCAGUUUCAGGGAAUUAUCCAGUUACUUCUGCAUUUCAGAUGGAAAUGGGUUGGACUCAUGACUACAGCUAAUGAAGCUGGCGAACAUUUCUUACAGACAAUAGAACCCAUGUUUUUCAAGAAUGGAAUCUGUUCAGCGUUCACAGAAAAAGUUGAACUCAAUGUGCAUUAUAAUGGUAACUUACUAGAAAUGGUGGACAUCAAGAUUUUGCUCCACUCAUUCCUGCAGAGAAUCUCAUUCAACAACAGUGCUGGAGAUGAAAUUAAAUUCAAUGAAUACGGAGAGUUGGCAGCUGGCUUGGAUAUAACAAACUUGGUCACAUUCCCAAAUAGAUCGUACAUCAGAGUCAAAGUGGGAAGGUGGGAUCGUCUGGCCCCUCCCGGGAAAGAGUUCACCAUUAAUGAGGACAGAAUCAAAUGGCACAGAGUCUUCACUGAGGUGCCACCUCUUUCUAUAUGUAAUGACAACUGCCGUCCUGGUUACGGGAAGAAAAAGAAGGAGGGAAAGAAGUUUUGCUGCUAUGAUUGUGAUCCAUGUCCAGAAGGAAUGAUCUCAAAUGAGAAAGACAUGGAAACAUGUGUCGGUUGCCCAGCAGAUCAAUAUUCAAACAGCAUCCAGGAUCUAUGCAUUCCUAAGAUCCCAAACUUCCUAGCCUUUGAUGAAACCCUGGCCAUUGUUUCAACUUCCUCUGCACUUUUAUUCUCUCUGAUCACAAUUCUAGUGCUUGGCAUCUUCAUUAAGCAUCGCAACACAGCCAUAGUCAAAGCCAACAACCGAAGCCUCACCUAUGGUCUCCUUAUCUCCCUCCUCUUGUGUUUCCUCUCUUCCUUGUUGUUCAUCGGAGAACCGGUGACUUGGCUUCUCCGACAAAAUGCCUUUGGCAUUGUCUUUUCUGUGGCCCUCUCCAGCAUCUUAGCCAAAACCAUACUGGUGGUUUUGGCAUUCAUGGCUACCAAACCGGGAACCAAUAUGAGGAAAUGGGUAGGCAAAGAACUAGCUUAUUCCAUUGCCUUUUCCUGCUCCAUUGUUCAAGUAGGGAUCUGUGUCCUCUGGCUGGCAACCUCUCCCCCAUUCCCUGAUGUGGACAUGCACUCAAUGACAGGAGAAAUCAUAUUUCUUUGUAAUGAAGGGUCAGUCCUCAUGUUCUAUUGUGUUUUGGGCUACAUGGGCUUCCUGGCCACUGUCAGCCUCACAGUCGCCUUCCUAGCCAGGAAGUUGCCUGACACUUUCAACGAAGCCAAGUUCAUCACCUUCAGCAUGCUGGUCUUCUGCAGCGUUUGGCUUUCCUUCAUUCCCACCUACCUGAGCACCAGAGGAAAAUACAUGGUGGCUGUGGAGAUUUUCUCCAUCUUUGCUUCUGGUGCUGCGUUACUGGCUUGCAUUUUUGCCCCUAAAUGCUACAUUAUUGUGGUGAGGCCUGACCUGAACAACAGAGAUCAGCUAACACAAAGAAAGUUAUAA